GACUUGGAGGUUAUGGGGAAAACAGCGUGUGUGUGAAGCUGUCACUCAGAGUGGCCUGAGAAAUGGCGCAGUCGUAGCCCGGUCAUCCCCGGCACUCAAACAACACACACGCAGGAUAAAAGAAAACACACCGCCAAAUCCGGCCUCGGCAAUCCACCUCAGGAACAGUGAAAUAUUCCCCCAUUACACAAUAACAGUCUGCAACUGGAUUUGUAAAGUUCAUCGUGACAAACUUUGAUGUUGGCUUGUCGGAGCAAGUAUUCCCAAAGGCCGGUAUUCUAGGGCGCCAAUACUUUUGGAGUGGUAACCAUGGGCCACGGUGUGGGCUGAGGAUCCGGAGGGCUUUACACACACCUACUGCUUCCACGUCUGUGUAUGACAUGGCCACGGCCCCAUCCAGAGCAGACUGUCGCAAUAACCACGGAAGGACAUCUCAGCUCCAUGCCAUCGUUUCAUGUGCCAAACUCAAGCGGAAGAAGAACUGGUUCGGUGCAGCAGCCAUUUACGUGGAGGUGACGGCGGAAGGAGAGAGCAGGAAGACGACCAAGUCUCACAAUCCCUCCAGUCCCAAGUGGGACGAUCGCCUCACCCUGAAUGUAACACCACACUCACAGUUGGAGUUUAAAGUAUGGACCCAUCACACUUUAAAGGCAGAUGCUCUGCUAGGGAAAGCCACUCUGGACCUGCACCAAGCCCUGGAGCAACACGACAGGAAACUUGAAAACGUAAAGGAGGUGCUAAAGCUGACCCUGGAGAAUAAAAAUGGCGUGAUGACCUCCGGAGAGCUCACGGUCAUCCUGGACGGUCUCGCCGUCGACCAGGAACCUCUACACAACGGAAACACCGCCACUACAACCAAAGUUCAGCAGAACGGAGAUGCCAUUCAUGAGAACGGGGAAGAAAAUGCCAGAGCUCAGGACUGCUCGGUGAACGGCACACACGGAGUGGAAAGCGAAGCCCCGUCCACCUCCUCUGGCAACAGCGAUGGCAGCACUGCCCCUGUUGUCAACGGCGACGUGGAGUCCACACCCACACACCAGACAGCUUCGUCUACCACGCUCCCUGCUGACAAAAGCGUGCCAAGUGCGACUGUUAAUGGGGAGAAUUCUGUGGAUGCUGCUUCAGAAGAGCUGUUGCCGCCCCCUGCUGGUGGGACCGAGGAAGAAAACGACCCUUCCUCGAUUCUCUCUCUAAACUCCAACUCCUCUCUACACCAGCCUGCAGUCGAAUCCUCCAUCACACAGCCCAGCACCGAUGCUGCCUCCACUUUGCCCUCUUCAUCAUCUGCACCCAGUGAGGCAGUAGCUGCUGCCGGUGGUGCUGCUGCUGCUUCAUCCUCCAGCUCCGCAGCAGACGCUGCAUCAGGCACCAGCACAGUCACAGACGCAGCCAAACCUCGACAGCAGCAACCCAACGUCAGCACUUCAGACCCCUUGCCCUCAGGGUGGGAACAGAGGAAGGACCCGCACGGCCGAACCUACUACGUCGAUCACAAUACGAGAACCACGACGUGGGAACGACCGCAGCCACUGCCCCCAGGCUGGGAAAGGCGAGUGGAUACCCGUGGCCGGAUCUACUACGUAGACCACAACACGCGGACCACCACGUGGCAGCGGCCGACCAUGGAGUCGGUGCGUAACUUCGAGCAGUGGCAGUCCCAGAGAAGCCAGCUACAGGGAGCUAUGCACCAGUUCAACCAGAGAUACCUCUACUCGGCUUCAAUGAUGUCUGCAGAAAACGACCCCCUGGGUCCACUACCUCCUGGUUGGGAGAGACGCGUGGAUUCAAACGACCGAGUGUAUUUCGUCAAUCACAACACAAAGACCACCCAGUGGGAAGACCCUCGAACUCAAGGGCUGCAGAAUGAGGAUCCUCUGCCCGAAGGCUGGGAGAUUCGUUACACGAGAGAAGGCGUGCGUUACUUCGUAGAUCACAACACUCGCACCACGACGUUCAGUGACCCAAGAACCGGCAAGUCCUCAGUCACCAAAGGGCCGCAGAUCGCGUACGAGCGCAGCUUCCGAUGGAAACUAGCUCACUUCCGCUACCUGUGCCAGUCCAACGCGCUACCCAGUCAUGUUAAGAUCACAGUCUCUAGACAGACAUUGUUCGAAGACUCUUUCCAGCAAAUAAUGGCUCUGAAGCCGUAUGACCUCAGGAGAAGGCUUUACAUCAUUUUCAGAGGGGAGGAAGGACUCGACUACGGAGGCCUCGCCAGGGAAUGGUUUUUCCUUCUCUCUCAUGAAGUCCUCAACCCCAUGUACUGUCUGUUCGAGUAUGCGGGAAAGAGCAACUACUGUCUGCAGAUAAAUCCUGCAUCCACCAUCAACCCAGAUCACCUGUCCUACUUCUGCUUCAUCGGCCGCUUCAUCGCCAUGGCGCUGUUUCACGGAAAGUUCAUCGAUACAGGCUUCUCUCUGCCCUUUUACAAGCGCAUGCUCAACAAGAAGCUCCUCCUUAAAGACCUGGAGUCCAUCGAUCCAGAGUUCUUCAACUCUCUCAUCUGGAUCCGGGACAACAACAUAGAGGAGUGCAGUUUGGAAAUGUACUUCACUGUAGAUAUGGAGAUUCUGGGCAAAAUUACGUCCCACAACCUGAAACCAGACGGCGAUAACAUUCUGGUGACGGAGGAGAACAAGGAAGAGUAUAUCGGGUUAAUGGCAGAGUGGCGAUUCUCUCGGGGUGUUGAGGGUCAGACCAAAGCGUUUCUGGACGGCUUUAACGAGGUGGUUCCGCUGCAGUGGCUGCAGUACUUUGAUGAGAAGGAGCUGGAGGUGAUGCUGUGUGGGAUGCAGGAGGUGGAUCUGCAGGACUGGCAGAGGAACACUGUGUACCGUCACUAUACCAGGAACAGCAAACAGAUCAUGUGGUUCUGGCAGUUUGUGAAGGAGGUGGACAACGAGGUUCGAUUGCGACUGCUGCAGUUCGUCACGGGCACCUGCAGACUUCCUCUGGGGGGUUUCGCCGAACUCAUGGGGAGCAACGGACCUCAGAAAUUCUGCAUCGAGAAGGUUGGCAAGGAGACUUGGCUUCCCCGGAGUCAUACAUGCUUUAAUCGCCUGGACUUGCCCCCAUACAAAAGCUUCGAACAGCUGAAAGAGAAGCUCCUCUUCGCCAUCGAGGAAACCGAAGGAUUUGGACAAGAGUAGAGAACUGUCCUCUCUGCUGCAGAGCUUCCGGCAGAACGUGGAGAAAAAUAAACGACGACACAAAAAAAAACAAACCACAAGAAAAGAAACUUGCACAGAGAACUAUCAAUGUACAUAAGCUAUUUUGUCAUUUUAAACCAAAUCUUAAUCUGAAACCUCAUUUAGCAAUCUCCAUAACAUUAUUCCCCGUGAUUAUGCAAGCAUUUUAGCUUCUUUUUUUUUUUUCUUAUCUUUUUAAAGCAAAAAUCUAAAUACAAUUUUUUUUUUUCCUUUCAAGGGGAUUGUCUCAAAAAAAAAAAUCUGAGAGGAUUUUAUAACUAAACCAUAACUACAGCUCUAGUUUUAUAGAGCUCUUAAAGAAUAAUUGUAGUGUUCAGUCCGGUGCCUGGGUUUUUUCCGUUUUAGUUUAUUUUAUUAAGAAAAAAAAAUAAGAUUUUUUUUUUUUUAAUCUUUAGUUGUGUUUGUGCUGCAGUUGCAUGGCUGUCUCUGGAGAAGAUCAACCUUCUCCUCCUCCUCCUCCUCCUCCUUCAGCCCAUCCCUCCCCAAAUUAAACUAAACUUCAUGCAGUAAAUCCGUUAUCCACAUGGCAAUAUCAUCCAAAAACAGUAUUGCAGUUGUCACUUUAGACCAAAAGUAUUUUAUUUUCUCUCUCUCUCUCUCGCUCUCUCUCUCUCACACACACACACUUCAGCUGCUGCACAUUUUAGCGUACAUUUUAGAUAAAAGACCUCCCAAGGAAAGGAGAACCCGCUCGCUCACUUGCAUGUCUUGGCUGUUCAUUUACACCGACGGCUUUCAAUCAGGUCUCUAGAUCCAUCGUUAGACUACUGCGGAGACCGGAACGAUUUUUAUUUUUAGCAUAAUUAGAGAAGCUAGAAGGCUGAGCGAAAACGCUGCUGCUUGAAACGUCUACCGUCGUUCACUCGGCUUUUAGGAAUCAAGUUUUAAAUCCGACCAGAUUUUUUUUUUCCUCUGAAGCAGAAACAAUGAAUUGCAGAUUCAUCAGAUCGUUAGAUUAGAGAAUCGGAUUCGGACGCACGUCGGAAUCCUCGUGUUCAUCGACAUGCUUGUGGGGACUGACCACAAGAUCACUGUGGCAAAAAAAUCACUGUGUCCUGAGCUGUGAGGAUGUGAAAUGUGAAAGGAAAACUCCACCCUGUAAAGAAAUCCCAGUUUGAGUCUCUUUCAAAGCAGUGGGAUUUAUUCCCUCGCUUCAUCUGUAGCUAAAGAGAGCGAUGCAGCGGCGCUUUAAUCCUUUUCUUCAAUCCUGUCUUUAAUCCGCUCUCUUACUCGUCUGUAUACUCUGUUUAAACAGAUCAGCUUCCAAAGCUUCUGCUUCCAUGCUAGAUACUAAACACCACAAAGCCAUCGUCAUCUUAUAGAUCACCACCCAGCAGAUUCCAGCCUUUGUGCCGAGGUUUGCACUACUUCAUCUCGAGAAUAUGAGAGUGCUGGAAAUUGGUGAUCCGGAAGAUCCUGCUAUUUCGCUUUAAGAAGCAAUAUCGGAGUUAUCCCGUGCAACUGAGGUUUUUUCUCCUUGUUAAAAUGCCAGGGGCACGGUGGCUUAGUGCUUAGCACGUUCGCCUCACACCUCCAGGGUUGGGGGUUGGAUUCCCGCCUCCGCCUUGUGUGUGUGGAGUUUGCAUGUUCCCCCCGUGCCUCGGGGGUUUCCUCCGGGUACUUUGGUUUCCUCCCCGGUCCAAAGACAUGCAUGGUAGGUUGAUUGGCAUCUCUGGAAAAUUGUCCGGAGUGUGUGAGUGAAUGAGAGUGUGUGUGUGCCCUGUGAUGGGUUGGCACUCCAUCCAGGGUGUAUCCUGCCUUGAUGCCCGAUGACGCCUGAGAUGGCUCCCCGUGACCCGAGUAGUUCAGGCAGAGAAAAUUGAUCACAUUACAGACAGAUUCAUUGAAGUCACUGACACUUUAUUAUUAUUAUUAUUAUUAUGUCUACAAUAAAAUGUUACUUUUACACCACAGGGAGGCACAGGCUCCCCGUGACCCGAGGUAGUUCAGAUAAGCGGUAGAAAAUGAAUGAAUGAAUGUUAAAAUGCCCAGCAUUGUCCCCUUGUGAUUUUGGCGAGGAAGACAAACCUCAUAAGUCUCACAGGAAUAAUAAUAAACGCACCACAGCCCAAAACAACACAUUUCAGGAUGGAGUUUUCCUUUCUGUAAAUCGACCCUUAACAGACCACCAUGCACUUGCUCUCAAUGGCCAACAGCCAUGGGUUUGUCUUGGACAUCUAGUUUUUGACACCUGUGUGUGUGUGUGUGUGUGUGUGUGUGUCUCAAGCCUCUAUGCCAGGCUUUCACAGCUCUACUCAUCUUACCUCUGUUUCCUUACAUUUAUUCCUCACCCGUAUUUUUUAUUUUUAUUUUUUUUCAUCGACGACGCGAACACACAGAUCGUGAAAAACAGCUACAAUAGCAAACACUGAACAUUUCCGACUGUGGAGUACGAAGCUUGAAACUAAAAACGAUGUAACUAACCGACGUCACUUUUUAACUUGUUCAAGUUUGUUAAAUGAGGAUGAAAUGUUGCCAUUUACAAAACGGGAAAAAAUCCAUUGUACCCUCAUUUAAAAAAAAAAAACAACUGAAAUGCCAGUAUGUGAUUAUUUGUGCAUUAGAAAUAAAGACAUUUUCUAUUUAAGCAAGA